UUUCAUUUUCUCUCCAUCAAGGUCGUCUGCUCAUUGCUUUCUUGGACCUUCUUGCGCAUUUCGCCAGAUGGGCCUUUCUACAGACGAGGAUCGGUACCGAAUGAGGCGCUAGCCCUUCGAACGGAAAUUCCAGAAAAAUGCCACCAAAAUUCGUGCCACGACAAAGGAAAAGGAGGGUUCUAGAUCGCGAGAGGGCAGCCCAAAAACAGCAAGUGAGCGAUGAGGUCCAGGAAGGGGAGGCCGUUGCUGGCGGCUCCGAGGAGACGGCCAAGCUCAGGGCGCAACUCAGGAGUCAGGGCGGCACGGUGAGCGGAAAGAAGGCGAAGCGCCUGGAGAAGUACAUUGAGCAGAAACUCAAGAAGGACGAGAACCGCGCGCUUCUGGCCCAGCUCGCCGCCAACAAGAUCGACACCAGCCUCUUCUCCAGCAGCCGCUCAAUAGGUCACACCAAACAGACCAAGCGUCAAGCCCUGAGUCAGGCGUUGAGAGAGGAGCGCGCUGGUCUUCCUCUGGGACAGGCUGCCAGGGAGGAGCUGCUCUACGAGAAGCGCGCGGAGCCUGCCCCCGAGGAUGACGACAGCGAAGCCGAAGGCUCAGCGACUGAAAAUGCCGACCGACCGGUCCCCGAAGCCCCCAGGACUUCCGCAGCUGCCGACUUCUCUGGUCUGAUGGGCAGUGCUGCAGCCGCCACUGGAUCCGGUCUGAAACGUCCGCUCGAGGUUGACGAUGACGGCCGUCCGGUGAUUCAAAAACGACAAAAGCGAGGAGGCGUGAAGUCCAAAAUCGUCAUUGUGCAGCCGCCGGCUCAGGAGUCGGAGUCCGAAGACGAGGAUGGGGAGGAUGAAUGGGGUGGUUUUGGCACAGACUACGACGGCUCUAACGGGAGCGAUGAUGAGUCCAUGGAGGAAGACCAAGAACAAGGUUCGGAGCAGGAAGGAAGUGAAUCCAGCUCGGAUGAGGAGAGUCAAGGGGAUGGCGACGAUGGCGACGACGACGAGAACGAUUCUGACGUGGAUUCCGACGUCGACGACGACAAUGUUGAGGAGAGGCGAUCCGCAUUCAAGGCUUGGGCACGCGCACAGCGGAACGAGGCCCUGGGGUACAAACCAGCAGAACCGGGGGCGAGCAUACUUGAAAUUCCCAGGCCAGGGAACUUCAAGCCACGGCCCAUGGAGCAGGACCCUCUACCUCUUGAACUUCAGCCUACCAGAAACACGGACCGCAAAGCAUUUAGCGUUGCGGUUGUCCGCGCGCCCGAAAUUCAGGAGGCGCGGCUCAAGCUACCCGUGGUUGCCGAAGAGCAGCGGAUAAUGGAGGCGAUCCACAACAACGACAUUGUCGUGAUAUGUGGUGCUACCGGUUCUGGCAAAACUACACAGAUCCCUCAGUUUCUGUUCGAGGCGGGCUACGGAUGUCCCGACUCGCCGACCCCAGGGAUGAUCGGAAUCACCCAGCCCAGGAGGGUCGCAGCCGUGAGCAUGUCUAACAGGGUUGCCCAGGAGCUCGGAGAUCACUCCCAAGCUGUUGGCUACCAGAUCCGCUUUGAGGGCACGGUCAAGGAAGGAACUGCAGUCAAGUUCAUGACUGAUGGUGUCUUACUCCGAGAGAUUGCACAGGACCUGUCUCUUCGCAAGUACUCGGCUAUCGUGGUCGAUGAGGCCCACGAGAGGAGUGUGAACACAGACAUCUUGAUCGGGAUGCUGAGUCGUAUCAUCAAGCUCAGGGUGGAGAUGGCACAGGAGGACCCGACAGUCAAGCCAUUGAAACUCGUCAUCAUGUCUGCUACACUGCGGAUCGAGGAGCUCACCGAGAAUCUCAACCUUUUUCCGACACCGCCUCCUGUUCUGGAGAUCGAGGGAAGACAGUUCCCUGUCACUACCCAUUUCGCCAGGAGGACGCAUCACGACUACAUCGAGGAAGCAUUCAACAAAAUAAGUAGGGGGCACAAAAAGCUCCCACCUGGGGGCAUGCUCGUCUUUUUGACCGGCCAGAACGAGAUUGCCCAGCUCAGUAAAAGGCUGAAACUCGCCUUCAAUGGAGUCCACUCAACAAGUGGACCCCAGGUUAGGAUAUCAACGCAGGAGGCACCGAUGGAGGCCGAGGACGUUGACUUUGGCGACGUGGACGACACAAAGCACGACGAUUACGUUGAUGAUGACGGGGAAUCCGAACAAAACGACGAGGAGGAGGAGGGGGAAUUCAAGAUCGAGGACGAGGAGUCGGGCACCGGGCCGACACGCAUGCACGUGCUUCCUCUCUAUUCGCUGCUGCCGACCAAAGAGCAAAUGCGCGUCUUCGAGCCUCCCCCUGAUGGGAGUCGGCUUAUCAUCCUAGCAACAAACGUGGCGGAGACGAGCUUGACGAUCCCUGGAAUUCGUUACGUCUUUGACUGUGGCAGGUCCAAGGAACGCAAGUACGACCAAUUGACGGGUGUGCAGAGUUUCGAGGUUGGCUGGAUCAGCAAGGCGAGCGCAAGCCAGCGAGCAGGCAGAGCUGGCCGUACUGGUCCGGGCCACUGCUACCGAUUCUACUCGUCUGCAGUAUAUGAGCGCGAUUUCCCCGAGUUCGCCUUGCCGGAAUUGCUGCGAACAUCGUUGGAGGGAGUGGUGCUGCAGCUUAAAGCGAUGAAUCUCCAGCACGUCGUCAACUUCCCCUUCCCCACGCCACCCGACCGGCAGAACCUGAUCAAGGCCGAGAAGCUCCUUUGUUACUUGUCAGCCGUCUCGAGUGAGGGACGGGUGACGCAGGUCGGGCACACCAUGUCGAUCUUCCCCCUAUCUCCACGAUUCUCUCGCAUUCUUCUGGUCGGACACCAGCAUGACUGCCUGCCGUACACCAUCGCCUUGGUAGCCUCGCUUUCCGCCGCUGAGAUAUUUAUCCCCGAGAGCCAGGCCAUUCCAGCUCUUGCGGCGCAAGAGGAGGGCGCCAUCCGUACCAAUGAAGAUGUCCAGGCGGAGAACAGGCAGGCCAAUGUGCGGCGGGUGUUUAAUGCAGUGCACAAGAACUUUUGCUCUCUUGACGACAAAUCCGACGCCAUCAAGAUGCUCCAAGUUGUCGGGGAAUUCGCGCACGAGCCCACCGAGCAGUGGUGCGAGAGUCACUUUGUCAGGUUCAAGGUACUAAAGGAGGCGCAGAAGCUGCGGCAGCAGAUCGUGCAGCUCCUCAAGACCAACAUACCUGCAUUCGCCAACCUCACUUUCCAAGAUAAGCUAGACGCACCGAGUGCGAAGCAAGUCAGGGCACUCAAGCAAAUGGUGGCUGCUGGCUUCAUCGACCGGGUGGCCAUCCGCGCAGACAAGGCCCCCAACCCACCGGAGCUGUGGCGCAAGCCGAGGCGGGCCAUUGACGUGCCGUACAUUCCCCUGUCGCCCCUGGCCAUCGGGGGCAAGCCUGCGAACGAUGAGGAGAAGCUCGUCUACAUCCAUCCCGAAUCUCCUCUCGCACAUCUUAGCAGGGACGAGUGCCCCGACUACAUCGUAUACUCGUACCUGCAGAAGGCGGCUUCGUCCCCCGGAGACGAGGAGAGUGGCAAGAAAGCCAAGACGAGGAUGCACUCGCUGACGGACAUCAGCGGCGGGGUGCUCGCGGCGUUGGCCAAGGGCACGCCGCUCGUCAGCUACGGGAAGCCGGUCAAGGCGAUCAGCGACGACGGGAAGAGCCGCGAGUGCUGGGUCGUGCCGUAUCUCCGGGCAGAGGGCACAGGGGGCAUGGGCUGGCCGCUGCCGAUGCAGAAGGUGAAGCAGCGGAAGAUGGCUGGCAGCUGGGUUGUGGAGUAGUCUAUUCUGGGUGUGCUCUAAUUCUGGCUUUGUCGAUUAUUGUCGCCACAUAGACGCGAGGUAUGUGAAUGAAGCGAAAUUCGCGCUGGAACCGCAGAGCAGGCCGGUAACAGAUGCCGCUAGGUACUAUAUCUAGUCAAUGUAAUGAGACAUCAUCCAUGGGAAAGGAAGAUACAAGAGACGGCCGAAUAUGAGCGCCUCGGGUUAUUCUACCUAGCUACAGUGGGCGAACCCAAGCCAUUCGCAGUCUCGG